CAGUAGCCUUCUCUCUUCCUGGCCUUAAUCUCCUUUUACUAUGAGGUGACUUGGAUGCCUCUCGCUCCUAUAAUAUCCAGUCAUUUCCCCGGGUGAUUUCACCCGAACCUCGCUCUGCGUUUAGACGACUGUCGUCAUAAUGUCCCGGAACGAUCCCUUGCUAGUACCCUCCGACCACUCGCCGGAACGAAGCGAUGCCGAAGAAGAUGCCCUCCUCACCGGUCAGCGGACUCAUCGAAGCGAGCGUCGCCGUGGUCCAUCAUUCUGGCGUGAAGUUGGAUUGUUCUCUUGGGCUUUAAUAGCCACUGCAGCCGUUAUCAUCCUCGCAGUCGUGUACCAGCAUCAGCAGUCGACCGGUAGACGUGAAGGAAGCUUGGCCCCCGGCGAUAAGCCGGCAGGAAAACGGAAUCUUAUUUUCAUGGUCUCUGAUGGAAUGGGCCCUACGAGUUUGUCGAUGACACGGAGCUUCCGGCAAUCGCGGGAUGGCCUUCCCAUCGACGAUAUUCUCGUUUUGGAUAAGCAUCAUAUCGGACAGUCUCGAACAAGAUCAUCGUCUAGCUUGAUUACGGACUCUGCGGCGGGCGCGACGGCAUUUUCUUGUGCGAAGAAGAGUUAUAACGGUGCUAUCUCUGUGCUGCCCGACCAUAGCCCAUGCGGGACCGUCCUAGAGGCAGCGAAGGCGGCUGGGUAUAUGACAGGGUUGGUGGUUACAACAAGAAUUACAGAUGCCACCCCCGCCUGCUUUUCUUCCCAUGCCAACAUGCGCUCGUAUGAGGACUUGAUUGCAGAGCACCAAAUCGGAGAAUACCCGCUGGGACGCCAGGUUGAUCUUAUCAUUGGGGGAGGCAGAUGCCAUUUCCUUCCAAACACUACUUCUGGCAGCUGUCGUGGUGACGCCAGAGAUAUUGUGCAGCUUGCCAAAUCUAAAGGUUUUUCAUAUAUUGAUGACCGUGAAGGGUUCGAUGGACUUAAAAUGGGCAGUGCGGCCCAGCUUCCAUUACUUGGCCUUAUCGCGGAAAAGAAUGUGCCAUUCGAAAUUGACCGUCGAUUUCAAAACGACAUAUAUCCUUCUCUGGAAGAAAUGACUCGCACGGCCUUGAAAGCCUUAAGCGAUGCCACACGCGAUAGCGACAAGGGCUUCUUUAUUAUGAUUGAAGGUUCGCGUAUUGACCAUGCUGGCCAUGGCAAUGAUCCUGCCGCCCAGGUCCAUGAAGUCCUAGCUUAUGAUAGAGCUUUUGCUGCUGUCCUGGAAUUCCUUGAAAAAGACUCUACUCCCGGUGUGCUUGUUAGCACAUCGGAUCACGAGACCGGAGGCCUAUCGGCGGCCCGGCAGCUUCAUGAGUCGUAUCCUGACUACAAAUGGUUCCCAGGUGUCCUUGAGAAUGCCACGCAUUCCUCUGAGUACUUAGAGACCAAGCUCUAUAACUACCUUGAUGACGAAGGAAAAUCCGUGCCCAAGGAGGAGCAGCGUGCGUACGUACGUCGACAAUUCGUGGAGAAGGGACUUGGAAUAUUUGAUGCGAAAAAUUCCGAAAUCGACCAACUCCUCCAGGCCGGCGACCCGGUGCCGGCCGCGUAUGUUUUCGCUGACAUGAUCAGCCGAAGAGCCCAGAUAGGAUGGUCAACUCAUGGACAUUCCGCUGCGGAUGUGAAUAUCUACGCCUCUUCCCCAGAAGACGCCUUGGAUCUUGUCGGUAAUCACGAAAACACCGAAGUUGGCGACUUCUUAGCUAAAUAUCUCGACUUGGAUCUUGAUGCAAUCACCCAAAAACUCAAGGAGACUCAAACUAGUCCAAAAGCUGCCACCCAUGAUUACGCCUGGAUGGGCGAACCAUUAGCUGAUGAUGUCGUCGUCGAUGAACUCGACACCUACCAUGGCGACUUCAAGAAACGUAGUCUCUCUGGGAGGAGCGUCAAUUAUAUCGGCAGUGGAGGAUGUGGUUGCGGAGCGGUGCAUUGAAUCAGCGCUCACCUAUUGAUUGGUCUCCUACAAGACUGAACCAUUGCUUUUAAUCUGGUGGAGAUAUCCACGUUCUGGCCCACGUGCAUUUUCUAUUUCUUUUCUUGGAUUUUAUCUGGCGAAGUGUACGGCGUUCUUUUAUCAAACCAAGUGCGGAAUUACAUACAUUUUUGUAGAGACACGGGGCCCGCUAGCUUGAGUCUCGAUCGUCAAUCUUGUUAUCAGACAUUAUAUUGGAGAACAAGAUGUAA